CAAUUGAUCAUCGUUGUCAACUUCGUCGUCUACCCCUUGCUGUGAUUGAUUUAUUGAUCACAGCUUCGGUUCUCUUUGCUGUCCACUCCAUAUUCCCAGUUCGCUCUGUCUUCUAGUUUCCUUCAUCUCUCUGCAAUUCUGCUUUCCUGGUGCUUAGCUUAGAGAGAAAGGGGAGCAGACUUAGCUAGAGCAAAUGGGUAAAGGUGGGAUGUCACGUGAAGGUCAUGGAGAAGAAGAAAAUAUGGCUGCCUGGCUUGUUGGUAUAAAUACCCUCAAGAUUCAACCUUUCAUACUUCCUACCCUGGGCCCCCAGGAUGUCAGAAUUCGAAUGAAAGCUGUUGGGAUCUGUGGCAGUGAUAUUUACUUCCUCAAGACACUGAGAUUGGCAGAUUUUAUAGUGAAAGAACCAUUGGUAAUUGGCCAUGAGGCUGCAGGGAUCAUAGAAGAAAUUGGUAGUGAGGUAAAGCAUUUGGAACCUGGCGACCAUGUGGCGAUUGAACCUGGGAUUAGUUGUUGGCGUUGUGAUCUCUGCAAGGAUGGUCGAUACAAUUUAUGCCCUGAGGUGAAGUCCCUUGCAACUCCACCAGUUCAUGGUUCCCUUGCUAAUCAGAUAGUGCAUCCUGCAGACCUAUGUUUUAAACUACCAGACAAUGUGAGCUUGGAGGAGGGGGCAAUGUGCGAACCCCUAAGUGUUGGUGUUCAUGCUUGUCGCCGAGCUAAUGUUGGACCAGAAACAAAUGUGUUGAUCAUGGGAGCAGGCCCCAUUGGACCUGUCACAAUGCUUUCAGCUCGAGCUCUUGGAGUACCGAGGAUCGUCAUUGUGGAUGUAGAUGAUCAUCGUUUAUUGGUUGCAAAAUCUCUUGGUGCAGAUGAGACUGUGAAAGUUUCAACAAAAAUUGAGGAUGUGAGUGGAGAAGUUGUUCAGAUACAUAAAGCUAUGGGAGCUAGGGUGGAUGUUGGCUUUGAUUGUGUAGGUUUCAGCAAAACUAUGACCACUGCAUUGACUGCUACUCGCGCAGGCGGCAAAGUGUGCCUUGUGGGGAUGGGUCAUCAUGAAAUGACUGUUCCACUCACACCUGCUGCUGCAAGGGAAGUUGAUGUGAUUGGGAUUUUCCGUUACAAGAACACAUGGCCUCUCUGUUUGGAGUAUCUGAGUAGUGGGAAGAUAGAUGUGAAACCCCUUAUAACUCACAGGUUUGGGUUCUCUCAGAAGGAAGUUGAAGCAGCCUUUGAAACCAGUGCUCGUGGUGGCAAUGCUAUUAAGGUCAUGUUCAAUCUGUAAACACUUAGAUUUUACACAAACUAGACUAUGUUCGAUCUAUAAAGUUAAAGGUUAUGUUUAAUUGAGGUAUCAUAUAUAUUGCAUUAUUAUGUAAUCAUUGUAGUCAUGUAGAGUAUUCUCAAAUCACUCUGAAUUUGAUUUUAAUUUUUAUCGUAUCGAGUCGAGAGUAUUGUCCAAACAUUUAUAAUAAUUAUGCUUUUUGGAAUAGGAAUGGAGGUGGCAUUAUUAGUUAUUA